AUGUCUUCAUCUGCUAUCACCAACGUCAACAUCAACUCCAAUAUCAUCGAAUUAGCUGAUUUACAAAGUUUAGUCAGAACAAGAUCCGAAUUUGACACUACCAUGAAAGGUGCUUCGACGUACACGCCACAAGUAUCUGGAUCCACAUCAUCUGAGUCUAUCCCGCCUUCUAACCCGAAGUCAAAGGUACCCAAGGCAGUAUUGAAAGUAUCGAAGGCAUUGUUGAAGAAGUUUCCGGAACUAAAUUUCGCCAACAUCUCAGUUGAAUAUCCCUCUGCAUCGUAUACUUUGGAACCAACUCCCGAAUUUGAUAUUAUCAUGAAAGGUGCUAGAAUCUACACAGUCACACCACCAGAUUCUGGAUCAGCAUCUCCUAUUCCUUCUAAUUUCACGUCACUCGAGACUUCUUCUCAAAUCACUUUUGCAUCGCUGUCAGCUGGAAUCACGGAAUCACUAAAAAUUGAGAAGCCUAUUGAAUCGUCGACUAUUUACACUCCCCCAUCAUCCCCUUCAGCUCCAUCCACUCCAAUUCCAUCUGGAUCAAACACUCUAACAAUUUCAACAGAACCGGAGACAUCUUCUAAAACUACAACGUCUUCAACCUCAACGUCUUCAGAAUCCAUCCAAUACGUUUUCUAUAAGGGAGUGGUCAAUGCUCCAACUGCUGGAUGCCGUGUACUCAGACGACAACUCGAAGGAGAAGCAUUCGAAAUUCUCGUGGAUGUGGAAGAUUUAGAAGCAAAAUCAAGUGCAAAAAUUCAGAAGACGUUCUCUCCAGAAGAAAAGAAAAAGCAAAUCGAUUUGGUGGAUGAGUGGAAAAACAAGAUUCUGUCAUCAAUGAAUGAUUAA